CUGUAUUAUUAUUUAGACAUCGACGAGUGUCUUACCGGUCAACGCUGUGAUGUGAAUGCGAUUUGCACCAACACCGAAGGUAGCUUCAAAUGUGCCUGCAAGGAGCGCUUCAGUGGUGACGGCUUUACGUGCAAGCCCAUUGACGUCUGUAGCAACCCAAUGUAUAACCCGUGCAAUCUGCAGACUACCAAUUGUGUGUUCGACAAUGAGUCAGCGACGUCCAGAUGUAAUUGCAAGCCAGGUUUUAUGAAAACGACCGAAAGCAGCACGUCAUGCGAAGACAUAGACGAGUGUUCACCGAUCGAACCCAGGCAUAUGUGUUCAAUGAUUUCGCAGACAUGCAUCAAUACAGUGGGCAGUUACAAGUGUCAAGUGAAAGCCGGUUACAAAGAACUGAUGAACGGCACCGUCAUCGAGAUCGAUGAGUGUAUCGAAGCGCAUGGCAACGCCAUCUGCGAGGCGAAGAACGCCAAGUGCGUCGACAAACUUCUCGACUUCUUCUGCGUCUGCGAUGUUGGAUUUCGCUUCAUGGACGGUUUGUGUCAAAAUAUAGACGAAUGCGUCGAGAAGCUGGAUAACUGUAGCUCGAAUAUGGUAUGCCUGGAUACUAUAGGUUCUUAUCUCUGUAUGUGCCAAUCUGGCUUCGACCUUGUGAGGAGGAACGGCAUGAGCAUAUGCAGCAAAAGGCACCUUGGAUGUGUGAAUAACAAGGAAUGCCCGGAGCACUCAUCGUGCAACGAACAGGUCGGAAUCUGCAACGCUCAACCUGGCUAUGAACUCGUAAACAAUCCGAACCUUGGCUGGAUUGCUCAAGACAUCGAUGAGUGCACGACCAGUAAUCCAUGUGCUCAAUGUCCACCCCCUGUACAAUGCAUAAACACUGAAGGAAGCUACAGGUGCGUUUGUCCCGACGGUAGCAAGCCGAAGGCGUGUGUUUGUGAAAACCUGUGCAACAAAGUCAAAUGCAAGUGGAUGCAGAAGUGUGUGAUGAUGAACGCAGUGCCUGAAUGUCAGUGCAAAUGCUUCAACUACACCAGCUUGCCCAGGGACCCGCUGUGCAUGUUGUUCGGUAAUUUCCCGAACACCUUCCAGAACAAAGAGCAUUUCUACCAGGCGAUGUGCAUGAACAAAAUGCUAUGCGCUCUGCCAGCAAAACAGCCCGAUAUCGAAAGCAGUGCUAAUUUCAACUACCAUGGAAAAUGCAUAGGUGACGUCAAUAAAGUACGUUGUCUGCACGGAGUUAAACCAAUCAUGCACAAAGGCUUUCCGAUCUGUCGUUACUCAAAACGAACAUUCACCUACGCCUUUGCCGAAUGCACGAAAAGAGCGACUGCCUCUAAGUACUAA